AUGGGUACCCUCCGCCAAACUCUUGAACAACAUGUCACGCCCUGCCGGGCUGAGCCCAUACGCGUUGGUGUUUCUGGAGACACCGGACAAGGAAAGUCCCAUCUGAUUGGCACACUCCUCGGGGAUAUGAGUCUCGUGGUCGUGGGAAACAGCGGCGAGAGCUGUACACGGGUGCCGCUCGAAUAUUCGUACUCCUCCGGUAUAGAUGACUUCAAGUACAUUGCAGAGAUCGAACUCUUGAGAGAGGAGCUGUCGGACAUAACCAACGAGAAGGCAGAGACAGCGAAGGUUGUUUUCAAGGCCCUCUUUCCCAAUCGACCUGAGUUCCGCGACGACCCAGCUAUGAGGACGUUUCUGAGACACGCCGAAGAUCCAAGCAAUACCGACACUCUUGACGAAGUACUGAGAUGGGCGAAGCUACUCUACCGCGAGCUGGGAAGGUUCUCUGAGAGAUUGCUCGUACAGGUCAAGUCAACAGCGAAGCUUUGGGAGCGACUGAUGCCGUUUACGCAUGGACAACGCACCGGUGACGGGAUCAUGCCAUUCGACCCAUGGCCUUUCGUGAAGCUUGUGAAAAUCGGCUCGGAGUGUCCGAUUCUGCAGCAUAACGUUACUCUUGUAGACUUACCUGGUCUCGACGAUGUUAAUCAUCUAAAUGUUGACGCCGCUAGGGAGUACUUGCAGCUCUGUUCAGCGACGAUUGUCGUAAGUGCCAUCGGUCGCAUCGUGACUGGAAGUCACGGCAAAGGUCACCUGUUGGAGACUAUCAGGAGAUCAGGACCGGGACAUGAGGUGUUGGUCUGCUGUACAUGCUCAAACAGUGUACGAACGGAUUCUGUCAUGGAUACUGACUUCACUCUUCGUGAGCUGAGCCAGUUGAGAUAUUUGGACGAGAAAGAAAGAGAGUUGAAUCAACAGCGGCAGCAAUGUACAACGAUCUCGCAAUAUCUUCAACUCAUUCAAUAUAAACAGAACUGGGUGGCUUUCAAAAAACGCGAAAUCUUCAUCAACGAGAGAAAUCGCCGUGUCUGCCAGAAGAUAUCCAACUGGGUUCCCGGCCAGCGAAUACGCGCCGUGUGUAUCUCUGCAAAAGAAUACCAGCUGAGGAUUGAAGGGUAUCCUGCCAUCGACCGACCUUCUAUUUCUCCCGAGUGCUCAGGCAUCCCUUCUCUGAAGCGGUUCAUAACUGCUCUACCUUGCCAGCCAAGGCAGAAACAGCUCGCCCACUAUGUUGAGUUGACCGUACCGUCGCUGCUCAACAGCAUCGAGCUGGCAAAUUUUCAGCCUAUCGCCACCGAUGUCUGGUCAAUUGAAGGGGGAGUCGAAGGACAACUUGAGCGCUGCCUAAGUAUGAUAGACUCCGGCACAGAUAAGCUCUUCGGCAACAAGGCCACGGACUUGCUUCUAAAAACAGCUAUGGACUCGAUACCAGGCUGGAUCGAGCAUGCCAACAUGCUGUGUCGCAAAUGGGAGGCAAAACCAUGGACCCACGUGCAGCACAUGGUGUUCGUAAGCAAUCACGGGAACCACCAGACGCCGAAGAUACGUAGAACAAGCUGGAAUGAUUCGCUCCUUGAAAUCGAGCGCGACCAUGCCUGCGAAGAUAACGGUGGGCACUAUUUCAGCAGCGCCAUGGAGAGCGUCUAUAGACACGCUAAACGCCGACCGAGGUCGAAAAACCCAUGGACGACGUAUCACAAGUACCGCUGCGAGAGGUUUCGACAAAGGCUCUGUGUGGAAGACGGACCCUACAGAAAGAUUCACGACGGGCUGAAGGACGCCUGCAAAAUGAUGAGGUGUCAGCUCCGGGAGGAGGUCAGGAUGGGCGUCCGCGAGGUCUUCGAGCAGAUCGGUAACGAUCUGGAGCGGCUGCGGGAUACGCCCUCGAGUCAGGACCUGGAGGCUAUGACGAAAGCCGCACAGCAAUUGGAGAUGGCGAAUGUCUCUAGUGCGAUGAUUGAGAGCAUCAAGGGUCUGCUCCGUGAGUGUGGGGCUUGGAAUAAGGGCUAA